AUGCAAGGCCAGAGAUUACAAAAACCCUGCCAAUGGUACCUUGCUGGCCCCACCAGGUUCCAGCAACUGGACGGAAAGUAUACAGAAAGAGUUGGAUGGACACACGGGUCACACGUCGGGCUCGACGUUGUUGUGCCCUCUUCUCGCGGUGCAUGGAGCUGCUCUGCCCUCGGCCUGCCUCUGCAACAUGUCCACCACAACAGCCGCUCACGAGGUCGGCUGAGAGAGCAGACUCGGCGCUCAGGCCGACUCGAGGUCGGCCAAAGCCCAAACCCUCAGACUCGCGACCAACAAGGCCCAGUUGGUCGAGGUGUCUCAGUCAACCCAUUUCGCGUCUCUGAAUCCCGUGAACUCGCCCACAGACUGGCCAAAAGCUAG